UGGUUGGCAUGUGUGACGUGACAGGUGGAUAAGGUGUUUAUGGGAAGUUGGAAGUAGAAUAAGAAAGUCGAUUCGUAUUACGUUAGAUUUUCGGUUGUGCACAUUAGUGACUUGUAUGUUGGCCGAUGUUGUGCUUGAAGUUCAGGGGCGAAGAGCAUGGCAGUUGUAAUUGAAACGACGCUUGGGGAUGUUACAAUUGAUCUGUUUAUAGAAGAAAGGCCGCGCACAUGUCUCAACUUCCUGAAGCUUUGCAAGAUAAAGUACUAUAACUUGUGUCUGUUCCAUUCGGUGCAGCACAACUUUCUGGCACAGACUGGUGACCCAACAGGCUCAGGGAAAAAUGGCGAAUCAGUGUUUGGCAAAAUACAUGGUGAAGGUUCACGGUUCUAUGAAGCAGAGGUGAUUCCCAAGCUGAAGCACACCAAGCCAGGGCUCCUGUCGAUGGUCAACUGCGGUAACAACAUGUUGGGAUCACAGUUCUUCAUUACACUGGGCAGUGAGCUCCAGUCUCUUGACAGUGAGCACUGUGUUUUCGGGGAAGUUGUAGAAGGAAAUGAGGUGCUCCUGAAACUGAAUGAGGUGAUAUGUGACUCAGAACAUCGGCCCUACCAGGACAUCAGGAUUACCCACACAGUUAUCCUGGAUGAUCCAUUUGAUGACCCUCAUGGCCUGCAAGUCCCGGACUGCUCCCCAGAGCCAUCUCCUGGAGCCCUAAUUAAUGGCCGGAUUGCACCAGAUGAGGACCUGAAUGAGACGCAGGGCCUAUCAGCAGCUGAGAUUGAGGAGCGUGAGCGGAGUCGAGAGGCUCGAGCACGGGCCACCAUCUUGGAAAUUGUGGGUGAUCUACCUGAUGCAGAUAUGGCACCUCCAGAGAAUGUUCUUUUUGUAUGUAAGCUGAACCCAGUCACCAGUGAUGAUGAUUUGGAGAUAAUCUUCAGCCGUUUUGGCAAGGUGAAGAGCUGUGAGGUGAUACGAGACAAAGUAACUGGUGAUUCGCUGCAGUAUGCAUUCGUGGAGUUUGAGGACCGAAAGGCAUGUGAAGAUGCAUAUUUCAAGAUGGACAAUGUUCUAAUUGAUGACCGGCGCAUACAUGUAGACUUCAGCCAGAGUGUGGCUCGCCUUCGCUGGAAGGGAAAAGGACGUGGUGUGGAGCAUGUAUCAGAAAAGGCAGAAAUGAAACAGGACAAAAGUGGAAGAAAACAUGAUGGAAGUCUUUAUGAACACCGAGGUUCAGUGGACCGUGUUGAAACCUGUGAGGUAGAGAAUCAGCAACAAAGCCAUGCAAAUGACAGGAAUAGCAGAAGAAAUGAAUUUGGUGGGGACAAGAACAAUACACUCAAGGAAUCCAGGAGGCAUGAUGGUGACUCUAAGCACGAUUCCAGGCAGCAAGAAAGAAGAGACAGAAUGGCUGCAAGGAAUGACAAGGAUAAGACUGUGAGGUCUAGAAAUGAUAGAUCUAGGCAUAACUCUGAGAGGAGUAUUGAAGUAUACAAAACAAAAAAUGAGGAACAUAAGAGGCAUACAGAUAUAGACAAGGAUGCAAGGUGUAGUCACAGCAAUGAUGAAAGUAGGAGAGUUCAGGAUGUAAAAGCAAAGCCAGAACAAAGAUGUAGGAAAACAGAAGAUGUGAAAGGAAAGACACUUAGGGACAACGACAAUCAAUCUCAAAACAGGCAUGUCAGGGAAGAAUAUGAAAGAUGUAGAAAGGCAGACAAAGAUGCUAGGAAUGAAGAAGAAAGAAGGAAUAAGAAUGUAGACAGGAACAUAGCAGUUAAGCGCAAAGGUGAAGGAGAAAAGAGGUUAAUCACACAGGGAGAUCAUAAGUGUAAGGAUGGUAAAGAGAGAUGCAGAGAGACAGUGAAGGAGAAGAGUGACAGAGAGGUCAGAGGAGAGGGAAAGAAGCGAAGGCACUCCAGCCCAUUAGCAGAGAGCAGAAAAAAGCACAAGAGAUCACCCAGCAGUGACACAGAGUCAUCCAGCUCCAGUGACAUUUCCAGCAGCACCACUUCAUCUUGUACUGAGUCCUCUGGUGAGCGAAGCAAGGCCCGCCAUAAGAAACGUUACAAGAGACUUUCUAAGAAAUCAAAGAAGAAGUUGAAACCGCACAAAAAGAGCCGGCGCAGGUUGAAGAAGGACUCAGAUACUGAGAGCUUGUCUUCUGACAGCUCUGAUAGUGGCUCCAUGAGUAGAAAGCGCAACAAGAAGAAACGGAGAUGGAAAGACAAAUCUUCAGAAGAAGAUAGUAAUUCAGAACAUUUAAUAAAGAAGAAGGGGAAGAAGAAAAAGAAGAAAGUUGCUACGAAGCGGAAGAGAAAAUCGUCAAGCUCUGAAGACUCAGAGACUGAUGACACAUCCAGUGACUCAGAGGAUCAGAAACCCUCAAGGAAACAUCACAAGAAAGUAAUUAAAAAAAGCAAGAAGAAUCACACAAAGAAGAAGAAGAGGAAGAAGAAGAGAUCUGUGCGAGAAAGUGAGAGUGAUGAAUCAAGCUGUUGCAACAGGAAAGUGUGCUCAUCCACAAGUGAUUGAUUGUUUUGUUUUGUAAGUAUGGUGCUGGUCACUAUCUGUGCAUUAAAAAUAAAACUUGGGAUUCAUGAAACACACUUGCACCAAGAUAUCUUCUAUUCUGAAAUGCAAGCACAAACUUCAGUGUGUGUUACUGAACCUUACACCACAUUGCUCUUUUCUGUACAUAUUUUGUUUACAAGCAAAGUGUUCUAAGUGCAGGGAGGGCGAGACAUCGCAUUAUCCCAAAACUUAUGCACGUGUGUAAAUCCAUAUGUCUGCUUAUCAGACUUCACAUUGUAUUGGUAUGAACUCUAUUGAUGUCACACUGUUUUGGAAGUUUGUCAGAAUCUGUGGAAAUACAGGUCAGCAGUUAUGGCAUCCUUUAAUUA